ACUGUCUUAAAGGGAGCCAUCAGAAGAAAAUCAGCUACUACAGACACAGUGGAGCUGCAAAAACUGUAUCUGUCUCCAUUUCAGGCUGCAAAGCAACAAAAAGUGAUUAUUUUAAAGGGGGGUGAUCAGACGUGGACUGACAACUCAUGGGGCCCCAAGGCAAUAGGGGAUCAUGGGGCCCCUGUGUCCUUUCCCAAACUCAAAAAAGCCUAUGAAAAAGGUACCAGGGGCAUCUCAUGGGGCCCCCUACAGUGCCCG